AUGGCCCCCCGGGGCGCUCUGCACGCGCCCCUCUUCCUGCCCUACGCCCUCUACGGCCGCGUCGACCACAUGUACGGGGCCGAGGCGUGGGAGGCGCGCAACGGCUUCACGGGCGCGCAGGCGGGGCUGAACGUCGUGGAGAGCGUCGGCUACGCGGCGUACCUGUGGGUGGUGUGGCGGUGUGGGGAGGGUGGGGUGGUGGGGGGUGGGUGGGGCGGGGUGGCGUGUUUGGUGGGGUUCGCGGUGAGCGUGAUGACGGUGAGUAAGACGGUGCUUUAUUGGUGCAAUGAGUUUUUCUCCGGCUUCGACAAUAUCGGGCACAAUGAUGCGCUGUCGUUGCUCUUCCUGUGGAUCAUCCCAAACGGAUUAUGGCUCGUCUUCCCCAGCUACAUGGUCUAUGAGUUCGCCCGUGACAUAUUGCACGGUCUCUCCAUCGCAAGUGGCGACCGAAGCAGCAAGCCUGCUAGGGCAGCAACACCGACCAAGGAUGAGUAA